GAUGCUGUGCCUGUACGUGUGGAUCUUCCUCGGCAUGUCCGGAGCUGCCCUCUCUAACCUCCAGGAGAAACAAACAGACUUUGGGAUGAGGGUCUUCACCCAGGUGGCCCAGACCUCCAAGGGGUCUAACGUGGCCUUCUCCCCCUACGGCGUGGCCACCAUCCUGGGCAUGGCUCAGCUGGGAGCUGGGGGCAACACCCUGAAGACCCUGAACGCCAAGUUGGGUUUCUCACUACAAGGCAAGGAAGGAUUGCUGCUGUGUGUCUGAUAAUACUUUGACUUUUACAAAGUGAGACAGAUGGUAGACUUGGCUAUAUCUAAACAAUGAGGCCUUGACGAUGACAUAUUUAUAACAAUAAGAGACUCUAGUGACAAGCAACAUUCCACUCGGUACUGGUACCCCUUGUACAUACCCAAGUUAUCAUUACUCAUUGUGUAAAUAUUAUUACUUUUAAUAUUAUGUCUUUUUUUUCUCUCUGCAUUGUUGUGAAGUAAGCAUUCACUGUUAGUCUACACCUGUUGUUUACGAAGCAUGUGACAAAUAACAUUAGAUUUGAUUCCCACUAUCUCAACAUCUCUCUAUGCAAUUGUGACUCAUUCGUUCUCUCAUUCUCUCCUCUCCUCUAUCUCCUCCUCUUUCUCUCCAUCCUUCUUUGUACCUUUAACCAUAAAUUAAAAUCAAUUAAUCAAUCAAUCCUUCUCUCCUCCUCCAGAGCGAGGGAUGGCGCGUCAGCAGCGUCUUCUCCAGCGGGACAUCUCCAGUGUGGAGGGAGUGGAGCUGGCCAGCGGCGUCAUGGUAGAGAGGAAGAUGGCUCUGGAGAAAGGCUUUAGGCGGGGGCUGGGGAAAGCCUUCCAGGCCUCCCCUCACCAGCUGGACUUCUCCAGGCCAGACCAGGCCCUGGACAUCAUCAACACCUGGGUCUCUGACCAUACCGCAGGUGAGAUACAGUAGUACUGAAUACAGUAUACCUUCACAGAUGACACAAAGUGGAGGAUAGUUUAGUAUUUAUCAUAAUAAUAAUAGAAUGGAAUGGAAUAGAAUAAAAUAGAAUGGAAUAUAAUAGAAUGGAAUAUACUUUAUUAGUCAAUUAUACCAUGACAUCAAAAAUGUGUGUUUUUGUUGUCACAGUACUGACCCCACUGUCUCAACAAACCUCCAUAACUCUCUCUUCUCUUUCCUCCAGGUACCAUCCCUUCAUUCCUGUCUUCCGGUGCUCUGACCGAUGAGACCCGUAUGGUCCUGCUGAACGCCCUUCACUUCCAGGGGUUAUGGAAGGUGCCAUUUGACCCCAAGAUGACAGAGGAGAGGAUGUUCCACUGUGCCAAUGGCAGCUCCGUGCCCGUUCCCAUGAUGAGGCUCACCCACCGCUUCAAAUACGGUGGGUAGCAUGUUGCCACUUUAAAGAUUUGAGUUGAAUUUUAAUCCAGCCUUUUUGUGUGUAAACACUUGUGUUACUUUUAGACGACCUCACUUAGGACAGAAUCCUAACAUGAGAUCUGUGCACAUAAUUCCCGUCUCCCACUGACAUCAUUUUACAGCCAUCUAGUUAAAACUCGGCCCUUAGGGUAUGUACUCUUCAACAGUCAUUCAUACAAGUCAGCCCCAAGCCUGCAGCUAUAGUGUUAAAACCAAUCAUGACUGCUACCUUCACCAAUCAAAAUGAAACUAAUCCAACCUCCACCUUUCCUCUCCUCCUCUACAGGUGAGUUUGUGACCCCCGACGGCGUGGACUACGACGUCAUCGAGGUUCCGUACGAGGGCGAGUCCCUGAGCAUGCUGCUGGUCUCCCCCUUUGAGCCCGAGACAUCAGUGAGCUCACUCAGUAGCGAGCUAACCACCCAACGGCUGCAGCAGUGGAGACAGGAGCUGAGGACCGUUAAACGUCAACUGGUCCUGCCUAGGUUCACCCUGGACUCUGAGGUGGAUCUGAAGCCUAUUCUAAUCAGGAUGGGGUUGGGGGAUAUGUUCAACCUGGCCAAGGCAGACUUCACACACGUCACCAGUGAGUACCUUACCACCAUUACUAUUCAUCAGUUGGUGUCUGAAAUGACACGCUAUUUACUAUAUAGUGCUCUUCCUUGACCAGGCUCAGGGCCUAUGGAAUAGGAUGGGCUCUGUUCCAAUAUCCACACUAGCAUUCCACUUCUAUAUUUUCAGUGUUCAACAAAUAUACUGUAUGUUUUCUUAUUCUUUUUAGACAAAGAAUCUAACCUCCCCCCUCUCUUUCCCUCCCUCUCUUUCAGCAGAGGAGCGGCUGUGUGUGUCCAAGGUUCUGCAGAAAGUCAAGAUUGAGGUGAACGAGGAGGGAACCAAGGGAUCAGCUGCUACGGGUAAAGGACCCAUAGACUACAUGUUGAUGACAGACUCAAUUCCGUAUUUAUUAUAUGGAUCACACACAGGUGUCCGGUGGCACCUUAAUUGGGGAGGACGGGCUCAUAGUAAUGGCUGGAACAGAAUAGAUGGAAUGGUAUCCAACACAUCAAACACACGGUUUCUAUGUUUCUGAUGCCAUUCCAUUUAUUCCAUUCCAUCCAUUAUUAUGAGCCGUCUUCCCCUCAGCAGCCUCCUGUGAUAUGGAUGUACACUAUGAUAAUUCAUAAGGAAUUGAUGAUAACUUUACGAUAAUAGAGAGUUGUGUUUGGACUGUAUUGCCUAUCAUAGAGAUGCACAUAAAGAUAAUACAUUUAUGAUGAAUUUAUGAUAGUAUCUGAGUUGUGUUUUGACUGCAUUGUCUCCUCUCCUGUCUUUGCCCUUUUACAGCUGCCAUCAUGUUCUCUCGUAUGGCUGUAGAGGAGAUCACUCUGGAUAGACCUUUCCUCUUCCUCAUCCAACACAAGUCCACAGGUGAGUUUCCCUUACUUUACCUACAUCACAGUGGCAGCUGCUGAGGAGAAGACGGCUCAUAAUAAUGGCUGGAAUGGAGCAAAUGGAAUGGCAUCAAACACAUGCAAACCAUGUGUUCGAGGUAUUUGAUACCAUUACACCAAUUCCGCUCCAGGCAUUACCACGAGCCCGUCCUCCCCAAUUAAGGAAACACCUUCCUCCUGUUGCUACAUCACCAUCUAUGUAAAAAAACAAAAAAAUCUUAGCCUUGGUUAUCCACUGUCUCCACUCACUAUAAGUCUAACUAGCUGUGCCCUCUUUAUAGAAGUGCAUACACUUUCAAGUAAAUUCAAGUGAAGUCAAGCCAUUUUGUCCCUACAUUUGCUGUAUGAUCUUGUUGGAAUUAUCUUUGUCCCUCUGACACUUUGACAUACUUCCUACCUUGUUCUUUCUCUAAUAUAAAAUAUAUUUGUUUUCCCAUCCCAGGUGCUGUUCUGUUCAUGGGUCAAGUCAACCAACCCCAGCAACACUAGUGACCAAUAGGAACCAUUGAAACACAGAUUAGAUCACAAUGACCAUGGACACGCCUAUCAUUCCAUUGGCAGGGACACCUGUCAAUCAACUU